CUGCCACGUCAGUUACGGACAGGCGGUAUGCCGCGUCCGCGCGCUGAGUACGUGCCUCCGUUCGAGCGCUCCAAGCUGUGGAUAUGGAGCACCGACACAUCCCGUAUUGGUAUUAUGGCUCCGCAACGACCCCAACGACCCCAAACCGCCCGGCCCAGCCGCAGCAACGAGUCGACGACCCCAUGUCGCCCGCAGACGGCACGGCGGACGCGUGCCCCGAGCAGCCCCAAGCUUGGUCGACCACAGACGGCGCGGCGCUGCCGUGAAAACGGUAUGCUGAAUAGCACGAGGACGACCCAGCAAAGUACGGGGCAGGCCGCAUCGGCUGCACCACCGCGAGGCAAGGGCCCAACAGGAGAAAGCAAGCAAGGCUCUUUAGCGGAGGCCAACAACGAAGAUACCCCGCCCGUAGUCGUACCGACAUCCGUGGAGCCCGUGGCGCUUCCGUAUGACAUUGCAGUCGCGCCCGAGAUGACGGUACAAGUGUCCAUGGAGCUGCCGACCUCCGAGCCGAUGGUUGCAACGUGUGCUAUGCCCGAGCUCUCGCAGCCAGAGUUGCCGCCCACGCUGCACAAUGUUCCGCCCGACAAGCCACCGGAGCCGCGACGUCUCUCGGCUGCCGAGCAGGAAGCGUGGACGUUCUACUCGAUCUGCCGCGCGAGCGAAGCGUCGGCAACAGCGCGUGCCCAUCAGUCGCAGCGGGCGUACCUCAAGCGGUGUUCACAGGUGCUUACGGUACCCAAGCCAUUGUCGCUCGCUGAGGAUUUGGAUCUGACGGACCGCUGCCACGGCUAUGCGAAUGCCUCUGCUCUCGCGAGUCGACUGGCCAACGGAUCGGAGGUCUCCCGCCUCGCACUUUCCAAGAACGGUCUGCGCAGCGAUGCGGUCCGUGAUCUCAUGACAGUGCUUCCGACAACGGCGAUAUCGAGUCUCGAUCUGAGCGAAAAUGCCAUCGGGCCCGUUGGGAUUCAAGCAAUCGCGACGGAGCUCACGUCCAACGUGUCCAAGCUCGUGCACCUCAACCUCGCGGGCAACCACUUGAUGGACCGCCAUGUCCUGCCCCUCGUCUCAAAACUGGAUGAAACCUGUCUUAUGUCGCUCGACUUGAGCUACAACAAGCUGGGGCACGGCGCAAUCGUCCCGCUCGGCCGCACGCUCAUGCGCACACGGGUGUUAAAGCGCCUCAACUUGCGCUGGAACAACGUGCACGGUCUUGGCCUCGACAGUCUCGCCGACGGGUUGAAGAGGAACCUGGGGCUCGCGGACUUGGACUUGAGCUGGAACCCACUGGGGUCGGCGGGCGAGGCCUCGCGGCUCCAAGCCCUCGCCAACUUUAGCUUGAUGCUGCGUCGCAACACGGACUUGCACCACUUGGUGCUCGAAGCCAACCACUUUAGCGUCGAGGACCUCAAGCUCCUCGAGUCGGGCCUUCGACACAAUUACACGGUGAUUCUGCAUCUGCAGUCGGACGUGGCGGUGGUCAACGCCCAGCAGCACCUUCGGUUCGACCAUUUCACGCGCGAUGUUGGUGCCAAUGUGACCUUGGACAAGGCGACCAACGACAUCAACUGCUGGCUCUGCAGUGGCUGGCGGGAGCAUACGUUUACGUGGCGGCCGCUCAAUGCACCCAGUGUCGAGGCCGCGUCGCUGUGCCUGUCGAUCGACCAGUUUCAAGGCGACGCGAUGAGCAGGGUUGAUACGGAUCAGAGUUUUGUACGGCAUCGAAUGGUACCACCGACACCGAUCGAGUACUACUUUACACGCCCUACGACGUCGGUGACGACCCCAAAGGUGACGUUGCACUCGGGUGCGGCCAGCCUGACGCAGUCGGCGUAUCCGCGCUGGAACCCGAUCGAGCACGACCCGACGGCGCUCGUCUCGGCGUGGUCGAUGCACCAAUCGCUCUUCCUCGCCCGGCAGUCCGACUACCCGUCGAGCGCUAUGUUUGACACCGACAGCGUCCUCGCCCGCGCCGUCGCAUGCGAUUGGGACCGGUCCCGCAUCGGCCGCGUGGUCAAGCGGGAGAAGCAGCAGCUGCAGUUGCGAGCGCUGGCGACGGCCCACUACCGAGAGAUUAUUGAGAUCUACCACUUUUACGCGGCCCAGACGCUGCCGCGCAGCCUCUCCGAGACGAUUCACGGCUUUUCGCUGCACCAGCGCGCGUUCAUUCAAUUUUGCACGGACUGCCAGGUGUACGAUGCGGCCUUUUGUAAGCCCGUCGACGUCGACCGUGUCUUUUACGAGGUCAACGCGCACCUCUCGGAGCUCGGGUUCGUCGCAACGGGCGUGACCAAGGGCCUCGCCCGCUACGAAUUCUUGGAGGCACUCGUGCGCAUUGCGCGGCUGCGGUUUGGCCAUGUGCCUGGCCGCCACAAACAAGCUGUCGGCCUUGACAUUGGCGAGUCGUUCCAAGCACUGCUGAUCCAUCACAUACUGCCGUUUGCACAGCGAUCGCCCGGCGACAGCUUUCGGGCCAAGAUGCUGUAUACAAAAGCCACAGAAGACGUCCUCGAGUGUUACCUUCCGACGCUCCGCGCUGUCUUUGACGCAUACGCGACGCCCCGCUCGCUGCCACUCCUCAAGCACCACCACGCAGCGACAAAGACCAAGCCGUUUCUCGACUUUGCGCGGGCCAUCGAUCUUAUGCGCGACGGCGGCCUCUUGCCGGAGAAGCCUUCGAAAGACGCACUCCGCACCGCCCAGCGCCUCUACCUCUCGAGCCAGCUCGCCGUGCCCGAGGACUGCACAGUGGUCUGCGCAGCGUGGCUCACUUUUUACGGGUUUCUCGAGUUUCUCGUGCGGCUCUCGCAGUCACGCACACCGCGGGCGACCGACGCACUUGCGUCGCUGCUCGCGACCUUGUUUGCCAAUCUUCGGGGCACCAACCCGGCGCUGGCACCACGCUUGCGCGGCGUCGUUCGGUUUCUGGAGGCGUCGGAUCCGGUGCGGCCCGAGUCGCUGCACGCGCGACUCGCUCGCAUCUGGGCGGCCCGACGCAGUGCGACGUAUAUGGCCGAGAGCAUUCAAACAAAGGAUCUUAGAUAACGUUUGUUAAAAACUCAUUAGUGCGUGGGGAUUACAUGCACACGACAGCACUCAA